AUGCUUCCAUCUUCUCGAAAGCAAGCCAGCGGGAUAACCUUGUUUGGUCGACAGACUGCGGGUACACAGAUUGAUCGAAUUGGAACGCUGUUGCUUGAAAAGAAAAGUCUGGAAAGGAAGCGACCUAAUAAUGCACAAGUUGAUGAUGAUAGUGAUUCAGUGAUCUGCUCGAAACGCGCAAGAACGGUUAAAGAAGCAUUGUUUUUGUUGCCAGUUUUAUCUACCCAGAAUAACUGUGAAAGUGUAAAGGAUGAGAGCAAUCUGAUACCACUUGAUAGAAGCACGAAUUGCAAUUUUGGCCAGAGUAGUCCUGCAGCGCUCAGUUCGAAUGAUUCAACUGCUGAAGAAUACAAUGAAGAUUUUGUCGAUUCUGGUUCAAUAUCUAGCUCGCCAGUUUUACUGACGAAUGUUUCGCCUUCAACAUCAACACAAACAUUCUGCUCGGUACCUGGGAGGUUGUCAUUGCUAUGUGCGUCCAGCAAAUACAAAGUUAGCGUUGCGGAGUUAGCUCGGAGGCUUUCGCCGCCAGAAUCACUGAAUGCAUCGUUAUUAGGCGGAAUAUUGAGGAGAGCUAAGUCAAAAAAUGGUGGACAAACGUUGCGUGAUCAAUUAGAACGUAUUGGCUUAGAAUUGCCUGCAGGACGAAGGAAGUCAACAAAUGUAACUUUGUUGACAUCUUUGGUGGAAGGAGAAGCACAACAUCUUGCGAAGGAUUUCGCAAAUGCAUGUCUAACUGAAUUUCCCGCAAAAUCGAUUGCUCAGUGCAGACUGAAAAAAUGCGAUACAAUGUCUGUUAUAGAACUGGAAAAAGAAAAGGAAAAAUUUCGAGCAGCAAAGCAGUUGCUUUCUGGUUUUAUGGAUAUGUUACGGCAAGACAACACUGUCUUAUUAUCGGACAAAAGGGAUAAUAAUAUGCAGAGCUCCAUGGAAAGGUUCUCCCUGAUAACUCACACUUUUGGCACACCGGCAAUCUUGGCAGGGUUAUCAACAUUUCUGAUGUAUGUACAAGAAUCAUUGGAUAUAUUGUCGCGUCAGAGCAUAGUAACUGGGUUUCCAGUGGAUAACUUUCUUGACUCAAGUGUUUUUUGUCCACAGCAGAUCAGUGGCGUACAUUUGGAUGAUGGGAUAAAAAAAAUUUGAUAAUCGGAAGUAGACAAUAAAUUUUAUUUAAUGAGUACGCUUAUCAUAGCUUUUAUUCAGUUUACACCAACAGUGUUGUACAGUCUUCCU